AUGAGUGAUUUACAAUGGAAGAAGCUGGAGGUCUUAGGAGCGGGUUCUUAUGGCACUGUUUAUCUUGGCAUUCUUGUUGAUGAACAAAUACGGUUUCAUAGCUUCAUUGCUGUGAAGAGCUCUAUUCCCAAACUGGCAUUCUCACUGAAGAAAGAGGAACAGAUUUUUAAAUCAGUUUGGGAAGGUGAAAGCGGUGGUUGCCAAGAAAUCAUUCAAUGCUUUGGAACUGAGACUACGGUAGAGCAUGGACUUUGCUUUUACAAUCUUUUCUUGGAGUAUGCUCCUCACGGUUCUUUAGCUGACUUGAUCCACAAGAAACCUCUUCCCGAGACCGAGGUGAGUGUCUAUGCACGCAUGAUUGUUAAAGGGCUUUCGCAUAUUUAUCGCAAAGGAAUCGUCCACUGUGACCUCAAGCCGGAGAACAUUCUUGUGUUUCCUUCAUUGGACAAAGAGAUUGCAAACUAUCAAUUGAAGAUUGCGGAUUUUGGAUUAUCGAAGACCAAAGAGGAGGAAGCAGAUGUUGAGUUGUGGAAGUCCAAGCCGAGAGGUACGCCGUUAUACUUGUCACCGGAAGCGUUUUCUGGUCAUAUUGAUGCUCCGAUGGAUAUAUGGGCACUUGGUUGCAUAGUGAUUGAAAUGCUCACUGGAUUGCCUGCCUGGGGUGAGAGCCCUUUGCUUAUUGAGGAGUUGAGGUACUUGGUUGAACAUCAUGAACUAUCACCCAAGAAGCCGCAGGGAAUCGGUUUUUUCUGUCAUGAUUUUCUGGAAAAGUGCUUUAUGAAGGAUCCUAGCAAGAGAUGGACUGCUGACAGGCUUCUUGAUCAUCCUUUCCUUUAUAUCACAAUGUUUCAUUCAUAUUAUCUUGCAACUUGGCUAUGA